AUCUGCCCAGAAGUAGGUGAAAAAUAUUUAUUUAUAAAUUUGUAUCCCCCAAAAGUUUUAGUUAAACAUUUUCGGCAAUGACCUCACGGAGCGUAUCGACUGCGAAAUGUGUCUCCCGCACUCUUCAGAUGUGUCGGCGUCAAUAUAGUAGCGGAGCACUGCUGGAGAAAGGCUACGAUGCAUUGGCAAUGAGCAUGAAGCUGAGCGACAAGCGAUCCUGGCCAGAGCGCGAGGAAAGCUUCGCCGCUGCUCAAUUGGCGCAGCAGAAGCGCGACUGGAACAACUUCAGACAGUUUGGCACGAAUAGCAUGCGAAUGCAUUUGUCUAGAAGAACGGGCGCUACGCCCCGACGCAACAGCAUGAUUGCGCAAAGGAACGCAAAGUCCAGACGGAGCCCAGUCGCCGCGGCACAGCAGCAAGCGGCAUGGGCGCAGAGCGAAACCCACUCCGACGAGAAGCAGGAUUUGAGCGACGAGAGCGACGAGGACGUGGAGGUGGGCACUGUGCGUGACGUAAUCUUUGGAAAUAUUGACAAGGACAAUGACCAACUGCUCCAGCGUAAAGCUGAUCAGGAACUGCUAUCGCAGGUGACCAGGCAGCGAACGUCUCAUCAGCAGGCGCUUUCAAAAAAAGUGAUCGCGCCCUAUUCAACGUAUAACAACCACAGAAGUACCUGGGCCGCGUUUCGUCAUCGUAUGAUAUAUGGAGUUACCGAAGAGAGUCACUUCAAAUAGAAUAAGAUAGUCUCAAGCGACUGGGUGUCUAGGAAAACA